AUGAAGGAAGCGGCUCUACUGCUUUCAACCUGUCUGCUCUUCUCCCUUUUGCCGAGCCCCAUUCAAGCAGCCAGACAAGGGCAGGACAUCCGGUGUGGAGCCUGCAGAGCUCUGGUGGACGAGAUGGAGUGGGCCAUCUCGCAGGUCGAUCCCAGGAAAAUGAUCCAGACCGGCUCGUUUCGAAUCAACCCGGACGGCAGUCAGUCCGUCAGGGAGGUUCCUUUAGCGCGCUCCGAAGGAAACCUCCUGGAGCUGAUGGAAACUGUGUGCGAGAGGAUGGAGGACUACGGCGAGCGCACGGACGCCGUGAAUAACAGGAAGUCCUACAUUAGGAUCAAAUCUCGCAACGGCGAAGCCACCGACCUCUCGGAGGCGACGUUGGAUUCCAGAGUCACCGCCAGUUUAAAAUUUGCAUGCGAAGCUAUCGCCGAGCAACACGAAGACGAACUCGUCGAGUUCUUCUCGCACGAGACGGAAAAUGUCAAAGACAAACUCUGCAGCAAGAGAACAGACCUUUGUGACCACGCUCUGAAAAUCCCGCACGAUGAACUUUGA